AUGCCUUUGCUCGAGAGUGCCUUGUCUCGGUGUGAUAGAGGUGGAAAUUUGGCUAAUGGUGCUAUUGCAAACCUUGUUGAUGAACUUGGUUUUUGCGCAGCUUAUGUUCCGGGCCAGCCUAUGAAUGUUUCCGUGGACAUUUCCAUCUCCUACAUGUCAACUGCCAAGCUUCAUGAUGAGUUAGAGAUAACUUCAAGACUGUUAGGGCGGUUAGGACGUUACUAUGGAGCAAUUGUCAUUUUGAGAAAUAAAACAACUGGGGAGAUAAUAGCUGAAGGUCGACAGUCAUUCUUUUCUUCCCGUCCCGUUGCCAAACUCUGA